AUGGCGACCAAGAAGCCCAACAUUCUGUACAUCAUGGCCGACCAGAUGGCCGCGCCGCUGCUGUCGCUGCAUGAUAAGAACUCGCCCAUCAAGACUCCCAACCUCGACCGUCUCGCCGAGGGAGGGGUGGUCUUCGACUCAGCCUACUGCAAUGCGCCCUUGUGCGCUCCGUCACGGUUUGUCAUGGUCAGCGGCCAGCUGCCCUCCAAGAUCGGCGCCUAUGAUAACGCCGCCGAUUUACCCGCGGACACUCCCACGUACGCUCACUACCUGCGCCGUGAGGGCUACCACACGGCCCUGGCCGGUAAGAUGCAUUUCUGCGGCCCGGACCAGCUUCAUGGCUAUGAACAGCGAUUGACGAGCGAUAUUUACCCCGGUGACUACGGCUGGUCCGUUAAUUGGGAUGAACCCGAAGUUCGCCUGGACUACUACCACAACAUGUCCUCCGUCAUGGAGGCGGGCCCGGUCGUCCGCACCAACCAGCUGGACUUUGACGAGGAGGUCAUCUACAAGUCGGAGCAAUAUCUCUACGACCAUGUGCGCCACCGUAACGAGCAGCCCUUCUGCCUGACCGUGUCCAUGACCCACCCCCACGACCCAUACGCCAUGACCAAGGAGUUCUGGGACUUGUACGAGGACGUUGAGAUCCCCCUGCCCAAGAACGGCCCUAUCCCCCAUGAUCAGCAGGAUCCCCAUUCACAGCGUAUCUUGAAGUGCAUUGAUUUGUUCAACAAGGAGAUCCCGGAUGAGCGGAUCAAGGCUGCCCGCCGCGCUUACUAUGCGGCCUGCAGUUAUGUCGAUGCGAACAUUGGCAAGCUCUUGCGGGUGCUGAAGAACACCGGUCUGGACGAGAACACCAUCAUUUGCUUCAGCGGGGACCACGGUGACAUGCUUGGCGAGCGCGGGCUUUGGUACAAAAUGAGCUGGUUCGAGAACUCGGCGCGCGUGCCCAUGCUUUUCUACGCCCCCAAGCACUUCGCUCCCACGCGGGUCCCUCAGAAUGUGUCCACCAUGGACCUGCUGCCCACCUUUGCUGAACUGGCUGGCGCUCCGCUCGUCAAGGAACUUCCGCUCGACGGGGUCUCCCUGGUCCCCUACUUGACCGGCGGAGAAGGUCUCCGCACCGACACCGUUUAUGGGGAAUACAUGGGCGAGGGCACCCAGGCCCCGUUGAUCAUGAUCCGAACGGGCCCGUGGAAGUUCGUGUACUCCACACUCGACCCGCCCCAGCUCUACAACUUGGUCGAUGACCCGGAGGAGAUGAACAACCUGGUCGCGGGGCUCCCGGUGCCCGCUGCCGGCCGUUCGCUUCCGGCCGCCCCUGGAAAGUCCGACCUCUUGAGCGCUGCCGUCAACCUGCCCACCCCCAGCGAUACGCCGCGUGCUUCGCCCAUGCCCCAGCGUGCCGCAGACCGUGUGUCGUACCCCUUCCCUUCGCCCACCCCUCCUCGCUCCCCGAGCCCUGCCCGUGCGCUGCCCGUCCUUCCAGACUCCAAGGAGCCUGUCCGACUUUUGGCCCACUUCAUGGAGGAGAUCUACAACCGAUGGGACCUCGAGGCCAUCCGCCAGGAUGUGCUGCGCUCGCAGCGCCGUCGCCGUCUGGUCUACUCUGCUCUGAUCAAGGGUACCCCGACCGUGUGGGACCACGAGCCGCGCGUGGACCCAAGCACCCAGUAUGUGCGCAACCAGGGCCGCGGUGUCCUGGACGACAUUGAGAUCAUGUCGCGCUGGCCUCGUGUCUUGGCCCAGGCAGCCACUGCCAACGGAAUCUCUGUCUAG